GACUCCGCCGCCGCCGCCGCCGCUCGACUCUUCCGACCGAAAGAAGGGCGGGAAGAUGGAUGCGGCUCCUUCGCCGGGCUUCGGUCUGAAGGAUGUGAAAUGGAGCUCCGUGUCCAUCCCUUUGGACCUUCUGGUUAGCACUUACCGCUUGCCCCAGGUCGUCAGACUGGACGGCGGGGAACCUAUAGAAGGUCUUCGAGAGAGUGAUUACCUAUUGAUUCAUUCAUGCCGACAGUGGACAACUAUUACAGCUCAUAGUCUAGAAGAAGGCCAUUACGUCAUAGGGCCGAAGAUAGAAAUUCCAGUGCAUUAUCCCGGGCAGUUUAAGUUGCUGGAACAAGACCGUGAUAUUAAAGAGCCAGUGCAGUAUUUUAACAGUGUGGAGGAGGUGGCUAAAGCAUUUCCUGAACGAGUUUACGUCAUGGAGGAAAUAACAUUCAACGUUAAGGUGGCUUCAGGCGAAUGCAAUGAAGACACAGAAGUUUAUAAUAUUACCCUUUGCACAGGAGAUGAGCUCACAUUAAUGGGACAAGCAGAAAUCCUAUAUGCAAAAUCUUCAAAGGAAAAGUCACGGCUCAAUACCAUCUUCAAGAAAAUUGGAAAACUCAAUUCCAUUAGCAAAUUGGGCAAAGGCAAAAUGCCUUGCUUGAUUUGCAUGAACCAUCGGACCAAUGAGAGUAUUAGUCUGCCUUUCCAGUGUAAAGGGAGAUUUAGCACACGUAGUCCCUUAGAGCUACAAAUGCAAGAAGGCGAGCAUACCAUUCGAAACAUUGUGGAAAAGACACGGCUCCCAGUGAAUGUGAAUGUGCCAAGCCCUCCCCCACGGAAUCCUUAUGACUUGCAUUUUGUCCGUGAGGGACACCGUUACAAGUUUGUUAAUAUUCAAACCAAGACUGUUGUGGUUUGCUGCGCACUAUAUAAUAAUAAAAUUGUUCCAAUGCACUUUCCUUUGCAUUUAGCUCUUCCAAAGUUUACCCUUCCAGAAAAUCUUGUGAAAGGAGAAGCGUGGCAUGAAGCUUUUGUGAAGCACUGGUUCAGCGUCUGCCAAGAGCAGUUCGAUAUUGAUGAAUAUUCUCGUGCUGUGAGAGAUGUAAAAGCUGACUGGAAUGAAGACUGCAAAAGCCCACAAAAAAGUCGACCCACCAGCCACAACCAUGUGCCAAACUCUCUCAGUUAUGCUCGGGAUGAGUUGACCCAGUCUUUCCACCGUCUCUCUGUGUGUGUCUAUGGAAACAACCUCCAUGGAAAUAGUGAGGUGAAUCUUCAUGAUUGCAGAGACUUGUGUAAUGAGUGGGCUUUAUCUUCUCAUGAUGCUUUGCAAGAUUCUAGGGAUGGGAGCUGUAACUACCUUUUUCCUGAAAUUAGUGAAGAAACAGUCUGUUUACCUCCUAAACUGGAACUUCCAUAUGAAGAAUUAUGGUUGGAUAAAGAGGGUGGGAAAGUGAAUGAUCAGCCUCUUACUCGCUCACAGAGCGAAAAGAACAACUACAGGAGUUCUUUCCGGUCCACAGGUGGUACAGCUUCGCUGCCAGAACCUGGCUCUUCAGUAGCAACAGCAAAAUCCUCAGAAGUUUCCCUACCUCCACCACCUGUGCCUCCUAAGUCAGAAGCGGUCAGAGAGGAAUGUAGACUCCUGAAUGCUCCUCCUGUCCCACCACGCAACUCAAAGCCAACGUCUACUAGCCCUUCUGUUCCUCCACGGAUGAGCAAACCUGUGCGACAGCAAACUCGUUCUCCUAGUCCAACACUUUCAUAUUAUUCAUCAGGACUGCACAAUAUCAGUGCCACAGAAGAAGUUGCUGAAAACUCUUCCGAGAUUAUUCCCGUUACUCGUUAUCCAUGUGGUAUGGUAAAAAGUGACCUGCAAGAGCUUGACAACAAAUUGCCUUUGGGAAGCCCUUCUGCUGAUGCUUUGUUCUCUAGACUCUCAUGGCCAAAUCAUUUUUCUGGAGCUGCUGAAGGCCUUUCUAGGAAUGAGUUUCUGUUGGAUCCAAGCAGAAGUUAUAGCUAUCCAAGGCAGAAGACUCCCAACACACCAAAGAGAAGCUGUCCAGCACCUUUUACAUUCGAUUUUGACAGAAAUGAAGUCUCUGCAGGAGAUGAACCACCAGCUACAACUGAGGUAGAAUGCACCAUGCCCAGUUGCCCAAAGUCAGCAAGUUACUCACUUGAAUAUACUGAUGAAAAAAGUUUGGCAGUAAGUGACACGUUGCAGUCAAUUUCUUGCCCUGCCUUACCCCCUCGUGCACCAAAGAUGGUGGAGGAGAAGCAGCCAGGGCUUGACUUGUGUCUUGGGUCUCUCAGAAUAGAUGGUGCUGAGGAAGAUCCUCACAGGAGCUCUCCAGACCUUUCUGAAGACCAAUGUCUGGGUAAAAAAAGCAUGCAAGACCUCUUCUCGGUUUCUUAUUCUUUCUCAUCACCUCUUCAUCUUCAGCUAGCACCAAGAUCUUGUGGUGACGGUUCACCAUGGCAGCCACCUGUAGAUCUGUCUGGACUUUCCAUUGAGGAAGUAUCUAAGUCUCUACGAUUUAUAGGCUUGUCAGAGGAUGUCAUAACACUUUUUGUAACUGAAAAAAUUGAUGGCAACUUGCUUGUCCAGCUCAAUGAAGAGAUCCUUUCUGAGGACUUUAAACUGAGCAAACUACAAGUUAAAAAAAUAUUGCAAUUUAUUAAUGGCUGGAGACCUAAAAUGUAGUGCUGACCAGUUCAAUAAAAUGUAGAGUAUGCUACAAACCCUGAAACUAACUCACAAUCUACCAUUUUUAAUUUUUUUAUUGCACUAAGUCCUUCCUUCCUUCCUUCCUUCCUUCCUUCCUUCUGUAAAUAGUAGGAGAAAAACAGUUAUUACUAUGCAGAUUAUUUUGGGCGUUAAGCAAACACUUUUGUACAUAAUAGAAGGAUAAAGGUGUGCCUUUUGCAUCCCUGAACAUUCAACAGCUGCUAAAUAGUGGACAUUAAAGGGAAUUAAUUUGUUCUCAUGUAGUCUAGUGAGACAUAUUUAUUACUAUGGAUUAGCAAAACUGGUGCACAAAUCAGUUUAUUAUUAUUAUUGCAUUUCCCUGUAAUCUUUUUUUCUUCUUGAGUUCUUAUUUUUAUUCUAAUAACAAUAGUCAUUGCCUUCUGUUUUUAUUUGUUUAACAGAAAGUGUCAAAUAUUCCACCUUUGCACCUUGUUCUUGCUGUAGGUUCAUUUUUAUAAAAUUCGCAGGUAGUAAUAAAUAAUGGAUCCAUAUUUCAGUGCAAAAGAAAAAAAUCCACCACAGUCUGGGCAGAUAGAUUCUUGCACCUAGCAGUUUUUUUUUACGUAGCAUACUAUUAAUAAAAAGAAAGAAAGAGGUAAAGGUUUUUGAUGUCUAGUAGGGGCAUGAGAUUUAAAAUAUACUAUUUUAAUAAUUUGAAAAGUAAUAACGCAAUGUCAACCAACAGCAGCAAAUAAUUGCAUUAAAAAAAAAUUCAACCAUUUUGCAAACUAUUGAAAUGUUUACAUGUAUUCUGAGCAAAUAUUGAUGCCCUAGUUUAAUUUGGAAUAAUUGAUAAAGAUCAUUAUUUCCAUUGUUUAUGUAUAAAGUGCAUUUAAAAUUAGAGUGGAUUUAGAAUUCAACUGUAACUUCAGUUAAAGAAGUAAGAAACUGGUAGAGUGAUUCAAUGAUUUCUUCUAUUCUUUUUUCCUUAAUAUUCUUAAAAAUGCAUACAGUUAAGGAAGAAAAAAAGCUGACUUAUUAAUCUAAAUUAAAAGAAUCCACAUUCCAAAAACUAAACCUGUCUAAUCAAAAUGAAAUGGAAUAAUUUUCUUAAAGCAUUUUUUUGCUUAAGGGAAUAAUAAAUAUUUUAUUAAAUGAUGUAUGUAUAUUAUAAAUAUCUUGUAUAUCUGACAUGCAUUUGUUUAAAUGGCAGUGGGGGUUAAUCCAUUUACCCCUUAGUCUGUUUUGACUGUAACAGACUUUAAAAUGGACAAACAUUGAGCUUUUGGGAUUCAUUUUAGAGAAAUCCUGAGUGUUGCUAGAGGACUUACACUAAAUAUAUUAUAAUAUUGUGCUUCUGAGCACUUGUUUAGUCCACCUUUUUUUCCUCCAAGUAUUUGUUCUCAGGAACCUAUUUUGGUAGAAAGCAGAGGAAGUUAUUAAGCAAUUGGAAACCAGAAACCUUUGCCAGUUUUACCAAAUGGCAGUUUUACCAAAGAUCUACCAGUAUAUCUCAAUCUACUUUCUGUUCACAACUAUCAUGUUCCACAAAAACACUAAUAU